AUCAACCAACCAAACAACCCCCAACAGCCAAGCAUACAUCUCUAAUUUUUUUUAUUUUGGUCUUUUCGUUGGAUUUUCCCUUUCUUCUUCUUUUUUUUUCCUCUCCUUUUUUUUUCCGGGUUUAUCGCUCUGCUUUGAACGAAGGUUUACAUUUUUUAAAAAUUUGCUUUCCAGCCCGCCUUGAUCUUCUAGUGCGAGUUCAUCGACUCAAAAAAAAAAAAAAAAAAAAAAAGCAACUCUGGUUGGCGUUUUCUUUUUUUUUUUUUCUAUUUUUUUUUUUUUUUUUCUAUUUUCGAGGGGGAGGAGAUUUUCCACAAGAAAAGGUUGUUUUCAUGUUUGGGAUUCAGGAAAGCAUCCAACGGAGUGGAAGCAGCAUGAAGGAAGAGCCGCUGGGCAGCGGCAUGAACGCGGUGCGGACGUGGAUGCAGGGCGCCGGGGUGCUGGACGCCAACACAGCGGCGCAGAGCGGGGUGGGUCUGGCCCGGGCUCACUUUGAGAAGCAACCGCCUUCCAAUCUGCGGAAAUCCAACUUCUUCCACUUCGUCCUGGCCCUCUACGACAGACAGGGCCAGCCCGUGGAGAUCGAGAGGACAGCCUUUGUGGGGUUCGUGGAGAAGGAAAAAGAAGCCAACAGCGAAAAGACCAAUAACGGGAUUCACUACCGGCUCCAGCUCCUCUACAGCAAUGGGAUAAGGACAGAGCAGGAUUUCUACGUGCGCCUCAUUGACUCCAUGACGAAACAAGCCAUAGUGUAUGAAGGCCAAGACAAGAACCCCGAAAUGUGCCGAGUCUUGCUCACACAUGAGAUCAUGUGCAGCCGCUGUUGUGACAAGAAAAGCUGUGGCAACCGAAAUGAGACUCCCUCAGAUCCAGUGAUAAUUGACAGGUUCUUCUUGAAAUUUUUCCUCAAAUGCAACCAGAAUUGCCUAAAGAAUGCAGGAAAUCCACGUGACAUGCGGAGAUUCCAGGUUGUGGUGUCUACAACCGUCAACGUGGAUGGCCACGUCCUGGCAGUCUCUGAUAACAUGUUUGUCCAUAACAACUCCAAGCAUGGGCGGAGGGCUCGGAGGCUUGACCCCUCGGAAGGUACGCCCUCUUAUCUGGAACAUGCAGCUACUCCCUGUAUCAAAGCCAUCAGCCCCAGUGAAGGAUGGACCACAGGAGGUGCGACUGUGAUCAUCAUAGGGGACAAUUUCUUUGAUGGGUUACAGGUCAUAUUCGGUACCAUGCUGGUCUGGAGUGAGUUGAUCACUCCUCACGCCAUCCGUGUGCAGACACCUCCUCGGCACAUCCCUGGAGUUGUGGAAGUCACCUUGUCCUACAAAUCCAAGCAGUUCUGCAAAGGGACACCGGGCAGAUUCAUUUACACAGCACUCAACGAGCCCACCAUUGAUUAUGGCUUCCAGAGGUUACAGAAGGUCAUUCCACGGCAUCCUGGUGACCCUGAGCGCUUGCCAAAGGAAGUGAUACUCAAAAGGGCUGCAGAUCUGGUAGAAGCUCUGUAUGGGAUGCCACACAACAACCAGGAAAUCAUUCUGAAGAGAGCAGCUGACAUUGCAGAGGCCUUGUACAGUGUUCCUCGCAACCACAAUCAGCUCCCGGCCCUUGCUAACACCUCGGUCCACACAGGGAUGAUGGGCGUGAAUUCCUUCAGUGGACAACUGGCCGUGAAUGUCUCGGAGGCAUCGCAAGCUACCAAUCAGGGUUUUACCCGCAACUCAAGCAGCGUGUCACCACAUGGGUACGUGCCGAGCACCACCCCUCAGCAAACCAACUAUAACUCUGUCACCACAAGCAUGAACGGAUACGGCUCUGCCGCCAUGUCCAAUUUGGGUGGCUCCCCAACCUUCCUCAACGGCUCAGCUGCCAACUCGCCCUAUGCCAUCGUGCCAUCCAGCCCCACCAUGGCCUCCUCCACAAGCCUCCCCUCCAACUGCAGCAGCUCCUCGGGCAUCUUCUCCUUCUCACCAGCCAACAUGGUCUCAGCCGUGAAACAGAAGAGUGCUUUCGCCCCAGUUGUCAGACCCCAGACCUCCCCGCCUCCCACCUGCACCAGCACCAACGGGAACAGCCUGCAAGCGAUAUCUGGCAUGAUUGUUCCUCCCAUGUGAAAGAAUUGCCUUGAAGAAUUUUAUUAAUGAAGAGGUUGGAUUCUGCUACGAGAGUAAUCUGAUACAAGUCCCAGAGUGGAACUUUUAACUCAGGCCUUUUUAAGAGGAAUCACAAUAACUGCAGAUUUUUAAACAAACAAAAUCACCGACCUUGCAAGUACUGCAAUUGGAAGGGUCUGUAUAAGUGCAGGGUGUUGGUUACAGUUGUACCUCCCAAGUAUUUGGGGGAUAUAUUUAUUCUGUAUCGAUAAAAGCAAAUCCACUUUUCUUUCUCUCUCUCUCUCUCUCUUUUUUUUAAAGCUUAACUCUGCAAUCAUUUGUCUUUUAUAAACCAUAAAGCUGUACACGAGGGACACUAUAAAUAAGACUCCAUGUUUUAAUUUAUGAUGUUUUUAAAGCUGUGUAAAGGGAGAAUGAAGUGGUGAUAUUUACAAAAAAGUUGAAAAAAAGAAAAAAGAACAAGGAAAAAAAAAAAAAAAAAGCUUGUAUGGGACAGAAUAGGAAUGCCAGUUAGAUUUUUUAGAAAACUAAGGGUCGGCUUUUGCGCCUUAAAGCAUAUCAAAUGGUAGUUAGCUCAGACAGUGCAUUUUCAAUAUCUAACCUAACAUGCCACCCCUUAGCAGUGCAAGCUUAUUUAUCUCUUUUGUAUUGUUGUCUUAAGUAACUGUAAAUAAACACAGUCUGGAAAGUUAAAAAGUGACGAAAGCGAUCACAUGUUCCCCUUUUGCUCAAAAACUCCAGUGCCUCUAGACAGAUUGUUAAAAUUGCAUAUUUAAACCUGAUAUCCAUCUCUCUUUUACUUAUAUCAACUUCUGAAGCCAAUGGCCUCGCGAGAGCUUGGUGGCACACACGCUGUGUGAGAAUCUCCUUUGAGACUUCAUGGAACAGGGUCCAGGCACAGAAUUCCAUUUAUGCCCUCCAGUUAGCAAGCCAAAAUCUCACUCACACACCCCACCAUUCACAAGUUUAAAGUUUACUCAUCCUAAAAUCCUAAUUGCCGAUUUUACGUCAAAACUCUGAACAACAAAAAGCAACCAACCUGGCAGGGGUUUCCAUGUUCCCAUUCAGGAUGGGCCUCUCUCAGUUGACCCUGAUCAUUUGUAACAUAGUAGAUUAAAAUAACAGGUUACAUGCUUUGGAAUUAAGAGUGAAAGGAAACUGGGGAAAAGGAAAAGAAGGUUGAGACCUCCAAAACAUUAUUUUCUGUUCUAUGGGAAUUUUUGCUCUCAUUAUCUGGGAAGUGUUCUUAAAAAUAAGAAUGAAUAGCAAAGAUGCAGCAAAUUUCUGAGGAUGCAUUUGCCUGAUAUUUCUUUCUUUGCUGUUG